AUGCGCUCAUCUUCUAUGCCUACGUCUAUGUUCAUGUCACAGGAACGUGACGCUUCGGGCCUAACUCCAACCUCGAUCACUAUCGCAGACGACACCACAACGCCUACUCCAGAAGACUAUUACAAUUACGCCCACGUCGCAAAACAGCCGCAUUGUUUCCCGCAUUACUCCACCGAUCCAGUGAACGCAACUUAUUACUAUCCUUCCUCCCCGGAAACACUUAUAUCCAUGUCCGGCUCGUCGACGGGCUCAUACGCAUACUCCAUACCGAUCCAAUCGCCGCAUCGCAACGGCAACUGGGACUCGGCGGUCGCAAUGUCGUCAUCUCCAGUGCCGCCGCCAGCAGCUGUGCUAGACGCACAUGCGGAAGCGUCUCGCGCAGAGGCUGGAUUUAUCACUGAUAAUUACAAGACGGGAAUCAACUCGGGGCUAUCUUGGUCUGCGGAGGGUUCGUUGUCUGAUGGGGGGCAUGGACAUGGACGAAACUCAUCGCGCGGUGGUGUUCACGAUGUACCGAAUACAGUGGCGGUUUAUACCACGCCAGAAGAUAAAGAGGGCGAACGGAACCGGGAGCCCAAUGCCGUUUUAGUUCUGCUCCUCUUCUCCGCGCCAAUCCCGCUCUUCUCAAUCUGCACCUCCAUCUACACCUUCCUCGCCGUGUUCCUCGUCAUAUUAACCACCCCUCUCCGCCUCUGUCCACCAACCGCAUUUUUCCGGUCCACCACAUUCUCAAAACAGUUAUGCCAACUCCUCGCUCCAGCACUGUGCAGACACGACCGACUCGCUCAAUCCAGUMCCAGCCACUACAACACCCAUCAACCAAACUCACCAUCAAACUCGACAGACGCCUUUUCGGCACCAGGACUCAUACUCGUCCUGACUCUAGCUCCAUUCCUAUGCUUUGGACUGUUGCUCGCAGUCUGGAUUGCGGCGUUUUUCUGGAUAUUUGCCAUGAUCCUCGGAAAUCCAGAUGGCACGGAGCGGAAAGAUGAUGGUCGAGCAGCUGUUUUGGGCGUGAAUAGGUGGUGGCAGACGUGGUUAAGGAAGGGGAGGAAAUACUCAUAA